GAUUUUUUUUUGGGAAAAAAAUUUAUUUUGGUUUUUGUGAGAGAAGAAAGGAAAACAGGAAGAAAGGCGUCUUCUGUCUGUCUAAUUCCCCCGUGAUCAAAGCGACUCCCUUUCUUCCUUCCUUCUCUCUCAGAAAAUCAAAAUCAAUCCAUCUCGGUGGCUUCAAAUUCAAGGAACCCUCCAUUUCUCUUUGUCACAGAUCCCCUGCUUUUGCUUUCCGCCAUUAUUGAGCUGUUCUGCGGUUACCCGUCGUUCUCAUGGUGAUGGAUGGACCCUUCUCCUUCCUCCGCCGCAUCAUUUCAUGACUCGCGCAUUGACAUGUCACCGGCGUUACUAGACGCCGCCGGCGCUGCUACUCCCCCUCAAUCAGAACCCUAGUAAUUUCGCCGGUCAGGUUCCUUGCCUUCCCCUUCCUCGUCCCCAUUCUAAUUCUUGAGAAUUUAAUCAUUCAGGAGGAGGAAGAGGGGUCGUUGUCGUUGAGGAACGGCGGGGAUGAAUCCUUCCGGUUUCGGCAGUUUGAAUUCCGGGCUCCAUGGUUCGGGCGAGAACAACGUCAAUAACAACAUGGGCUUACACUCGUCCUCGGUUGGGCGUGCGGCCCCGGGUAAGGGAGUUACCAGACCUAGAUUGUUGAAGGUAAGAAGGCAAUUGAGUAGUCAGAACCCGAAAUCAUCUUCCGGUCCCGGUGCGAAUCCGUUCCUUGGUGUGCCCGGCUCUGGCGAGUCUGGAGGUGGGAACGCCGGCAAUGAGGGGUUUGUGUUUGGAGCUUGUAGGAGUAAUUCGGUUGGGAGGUUGAACCUGGACAAGGGGAUUCUUGAUGAGAUGAAAAGCUUGAGUCUUGGUAGUCAGAAUGAGUUUCUGAAUAGGAGUUCGAAUGUGGGCAAUGCUAGUGGUUUUGUGUCUGGGAGUGAUCGGAAUGCAAGUUCUGUUCUGGAAGAGAGCUUAAGGAAGUUGGAGAUAAAAGGCCAUCAGAAUGCUGCCAGUAAUGGAAUGUUUAGGUCAAGUGGGAAUGAUGGUUCAUUUGGUAGUGGGAAAGGCCCGGAAUCCUUGCUGCCGGAUGAGUUAAUGAAGAAGUUGAAUAUUGGGAAGAACAGUAGCUCUGGUAAUUUUGCUUUCAGUGUGGAGUCUACGAAGGGGUUUACAUCUAAACCUGAUGAAAGGAGUAGAAGAAAUGUGUCAUCUGAAGGGUUAGGGAACGAGCUUUAUGAUCGGAUGAAAAACUUGAACAUGAAGGAAGCUGCAGUUGUUCAUGAGGCUAAUCUUAGUCAUAAAGUUAAGGAUGGCAAUGAUAGUGAGAGGAAAGAAAGAUCUGUUCUUUUUGCAGAGGGAGAGAGAGACAACAAAUUGUUAGAUGACAUGAAUUUUAAGUUGAAAAUUGCAAGUGCAAUGGGGGGAUCAGCUGGUCCAAAGGACCCAACUUUUCCUACUCGAAUCUUUGGACAGGGUAUGCAAACUGGAAAUAAGAAUGAUGAGAAAUCACAUGAUGUGAGAGGUGUGGAUGCCUUGGGGUUUACAUUUAGGGAAGGGUUGCAGAGUCAUGAUCCAAGUCGCAGUCACGCUCCUUUAGGUCAAUCAAAAGUUGAUAGGCAACAGGCUGAAGGUGCAGGACCAUCUACUGCAUUUUCAUUUGGUGGUGUUCCCUUGCCUAAGAGUGCAAAUGAGAUAGAAGGGGCGGUACCCUUUACGGGAUUCAGAACCCCUGAUCCAAGAGUGAGCAGCUUCACUGGCGUUAAUAGUAAGGUUGAAUUUGGUGCUAAGCUAAAGGAUUCGAAACUUAAGAAAAGAAAAAGCAAGGGGAAGCAUUCUACAAAAGUGCAUCUUUGUACUGGAUUAGAAUACAGCUCGAAGGAAGCAUCUGAGGCUAGUGACUCGUAUUCACCGAUGGAUAUCUCUCCAUAUAUGUUAUCAGAACCACGGUGUUCCAGGGACUCGUCAGUGGCAUCAGAGGAGUCUUUCAGCACCAAUCAACAAGUUGCAUCAAGUGAGUCAGAGCAGCGAGAAACUUUGCUGAAUGACUCAAUGGAAGAUCUGGUUGUUGCAGCAGAACACAUGGACAUAAAUACAGCUUUAACGGAGGAAGCAUCUGAUCACCGUUAUGGUAAUAGUCUUGAUGCUGAUGCUGCUCCUCCAGAAGAUUCUGUUUCUGGAGCCGAAACUGAAAGCUUUAAGUCUGCAAAUGAAGAAAUAGAUCUCAUUAACGAUGGUGUGGUUAAUUCAAGAGAAAAGGAAGCUUGUUCAAGCAAGUGCAGUGAGGGUCAAGAUUCUGAAAUGACCACUCAAUUCUUUUCUGCUGCUUGUUCAGAAGAUUCAUGUGCUUCGGGUUUCAGAUUUGCUGCCUCUUCAACUGCGCAGUCAUCUGUUAAACCUCACCCUAAAAAGAAGAAUUCCCAUCUUUCUUUGAAUACAAAGAUCCCGUUUGCUUCCUCCUCUUUUAAGUUGAAUUCUUUCUCUGGAGCUUCGCCGCUUUUGUCCCCGGCCAAUGACUGUAGAAGUGGUCUAUCCAGCCCAUUGCUUUUGUCCCCAGCCAUAGACGAUAGAAGUGGUCUGCCCAGCUCUUUCCUUUUGUCCCCUGCCAGUGACAAUAGAGCUAAUUUACCUAGCCCUUUGCCCGUGGCUGGUGAUAAUUCAGAGAUACUUAGAGGGAAGGAAGUCAAGCAAGUUUCUGAUAUUAGCUCUGCUGCAUCUGUUGCAGCCCAAGAAGCUUGUGAAAAGUGGCGGCUGAGAGGGAAUCAAGCAUAUAAAAAUGGGGAUCUGUUGAGAGCAGAAGAUAGUUACACACAAGGGUUGAGUUGUAUUCCCAGAACUGAAAAAUCCAGGAGCUGCCUUAGAGCUUUGAUGCUCUGCUACAGUAAUCGUGCAGCAACGCGGAUGUCUUUGGGGAAAGUGAGAGAUGCACUUGAAGACUGCAAGACAGCUGCCGGAAUUGAUCCUAAUUUCCUGAGAGUACAACUUAGAGCUGCAAGUUGUUACCUUGCUUUGGGUGAAGUUGAAAAUGCAUCAAAUUUUUUCAAAAAGUGCUUGCAAUUAGGAAGCGAUGUAUGUGUGGACAGGAAGAUAGAAGUAGAAGCAUCUGAGGGACUACAGAAGGCACAGAAAGUGAUGGAGUGCAUGCAACGGUCUUCCGAGCUCUUGGAAAGGAGAACACCGAAUGAUGCAGGAAGCGCUGUAGAGGUUAUAUCCGAGGCUUUGGUCAUUAGUCCAUUUGGUGAUAACUUAGUUGAAACUAAAGCACUGGCUCUCUUCACGCUUCACAAGUAUGAAGAGGUAAUUAUGUUAUGUGAGCAGACUCUUGAUUCUGCCAAAAAGAAUGCUCCCCCUGCUGACUGUGAACCAGCUCAUGCUGACCCUUCUGCACUCAAGAGGGAACCCUCCUUCAUGCUCUGGCGCAGCCGCUUGACUUUUAUGUCGUACUUCUAUCUUGGGAGGCUGGAGGAAGCCAUUAGUUCAUUGGAGAAACAAGGGGAUCCGAAUUCUGCUUCUGACUGCAGUCUGUCAAAUUUUGGUAGCAGUUAUCUGGAAUCAUUAAUACCAUUAGCUUCCACGGCGCGGGAACUCUUACACCAUAAGGUUGCAGGAAAUGAAGCAUUUCAAGCAGGAAAGCAUUCUGAAGCUAUUGAACACUAUACUGCUGUUCUGUCAUGCAAUGUAGAGUCCCGACCUUUCGCAGCUAUUUGUUUCUGUAACAGAGCUGCUGCGUACAAGGAGUUGGGGCAGCUUACUGAUGCGAUUGCUGACUGCAGCUUUGCAAUAGCACUUGAUGGAAAUUACCUGAAGGCAAUUUCUAGACGGGCCACACUAUAUGAGAUGAUAAGAGAUUAUGGGCAGGCAGCUAAAGACCUAGAAAGACUGUUAUCUGCACUCACGAGACAGGUGGAUGACAAAACUAAUCAGCUCGGUCAAGCUGAUGGGUCUACACACUUGCUAAAUGAUCUAAGACAAGCUCGUCUUCGUCUCUCCAAUUUAGAAGAAGAAGAUAGAAAGGAUAUUCCAUUGAAUGCCUAUCUCAUCUUGGGCGUUGAGCCUUCUGCAUCAGCUGCAGAAAUCAAAAAAGCAUACCGGAAAGCUGCUCUUAGACACCAUCCCGACAAGGCCGGUCAAUCCUUGGCGAGGGGUGAAAAUGGUGAUGAUGGACUCUGGAAGGAGAUAGGAGAAGAAGUCCAUAAAGAUGCCGACAGACUUUUCAAAAUGAUUGGGGAGGCAUAUGCAGUCCUCUCGGACCCUGCCAAGCGGUCACAAUAUGAUCUAGAGGAAGAGAUGAGGAAUGCACAGAAAAAACGUGGCGGAAACAGCACCUAUGGUAGAGCAUAUCAAGAGACCCACCACAACUCUCAAUUCGAUAGAGGGGGUGGUUCAAGGAGACACUGGAGAGAGGCUUGGCGAGCAUAUGGUCGAUAAACUCCGACAGCCCCCCAAAGUGCCACUCUCACUCGAUCAUAACUGUUUGAUUCCCACGAAGAAGACUCUGGAUUGAGUCAUACGGAAUGAGCCUGGGCCUUGCAAUAAGUGGUUUGGAGAAGGCUCAUCGUGAAUUACCUCACCUGAAUAUCCAGGUUCGUAUUCAAGGACGGAAUAGGGUAUGCCGGAUCCACACAUGUUGAUAGUUGGGUAGAGAUAUGAAUGAGUUUUGACCUGUUUGGGUUUUCCAUUUUGGUUGUGUGGUGUUUUCUACCCUCUUAAGUUAAAUAGGUUUUCACCUGUUGGGAACUAAUACUAAAUGAUGAAAUGGAAAGCAAGAACAUAGUGUAACAAGAAAUUAUGCACUCAGAAAAAAAGGGUACAGAAAACCUGUAUAGCUUCAGCAGAUAGAAAGAGACUCAAUCACACUGUAUAUUUCUUGUUCAUGAUAUCCUUUUCUUCUGGAUCCUUACAUUUGCUUAACUUGUAGAAUCAAGUUUUGUUUUUUUCCUAUCUGUGUUUCUGCAAGAUGUAUAACUACAUCCAUAUUUUGUUCAAUAUACAUGUUGGGUUGUUUCGAA